AGCAGCUUUUGGGUGAGCCUCGCAAUCGGUGUCAAAUGCCGUUUGCUCAGUUCGUUGUGUGUUCCGCGGCCAAUGCAAACGGAGACGGGCGAUCGAGUGCUUCUGUGCGUUUUGCGGACGAUUUUCUGAUCCCUCCCGUGUACCCAAUUAUCGCGCAAGCAUUUUGAGUUUGAUUCCGCUGUGAAUAGAGCAGAUUCGAUUCAAUAUCCAUCGCACAGGUAACUAUCGUUUGGCCCUCGAAAAAAAAAGAAUCCCACUCCCGGUGGUGAAGUGUGCAAAAAAGUCGAAAUAUCAAAUACCCACCACCUCAUCAAACACCCCGUUUUGUUGUGCGCGGCCAAGGAAAAGAGAAGGGUGUAACUGUGUGUUUCAUCGCCUAUGUGAGCCUGUGUACGUGUGUGCGUGUGUGUAUUUUUCUAACGAAGCAAAAACAAAUCCAAAUCGCUCAACUCAUCACUGAGCCCAUCAUCUGGUGGCCGUUUGGCCACUUUCCUCGGCGAAAAAGCUUUUCCUUUGCGGCGGCCACCCAUUGCGACAGUUUCGGUGGUUUCUAGCAUUUUCCCGUGUGUGCCUCCUCGGUGCCUGCUGCGAUACGCGUUUCUUGAGCCGUUCUCGAAAAGAAAAAGUGAAAAGUGACGAAAUUGUGAUGUUUUCCGCUCGUUAAUAUAUAUUUUAAAAAACCCGGGGGCCACUAAUGUGUGAGAAAAGUGAGUGAAAAAUCGUAUGGUGUGUGUCUGCGCAAUGGUUAUUUAUGAUCGGUUAUUCGCUAUUCGUUCAUGUUUGUGGCUAAGAAUGCCCAGGAAAGUGUGAAAGUGUGUGUUAUGCUCGAUGUAAUCUGCACAUGCAAUAGAAGGUGAAGCCUGGCAUUUGUGGUGUAAAAAGGCAUUGAAAAACCAGCCGGUGCGGUGAUCAGUGAAAACUAAGCGAAGCAUCAAUCGUUUAUCAAUCAAUUUAGUGCUAGGGAGUUACAUUCCGCCCAGGAAAAAAAAAGAAGUCGCUGCUAGUUUCCAGCCCCCUCCGCCAGUGGUGGGUGGCGGCAUCCCCCAACAAAACAUAUCUCCGCGCGUACCAUACCGCCGUGAAUGACACUAAUAGGGCCGGGCGCCCCAGGAAUGGCAUUUAUGAUGAAGAAGAAAAAGUACAAGUUCUCGGUGGAGCUGCACCUGGAGGAGCUGAUCGAGGUGCCGUUCCUGAACGCGAUGCUGUUUGCGAAGGUUCGCCUGCUGGACGGUGGCUCGUUCCAGGCGCACAGUACUAGGGAGGAGGUGAAAAACCACACGGUGCGGUGGGGUCAAAAGUUCGAGUUUCCCUGCAAAAUGACGUCGAACGCGUCGACCGGCGUGCUUGACCCGUGCACCGUGCGGAUAUCGGUGCGGAAAGAGAUCAAGGGCGGCCGGAGUUACCAGAAACUCGGCUUCACGGAUCUGAACCUGGCCGAGUUUGCCGGCUCGGGCCUGACGCCGCGCAAGUAUCUGCUCGAGGGGUAUGACGCACGGCACCGGCAGGACAACUCCAUGCUGAACGUGUCGAUACGCAUGCACAUGAUUCAGGGUGAUAUUUUGUUCAAAGUUCCUUCCCCGAGCCCGAAGUCGAAGACUGCCCUGCCCCAGGACAACAUGGCGCUCGGGCUACAGCCUACCGAUCCGGCGAUGGCGACGGUCGGUCCCGUCGUUACGCCCGUCGUGACGCGCGUUUCUACCAAAGACGAUCCGUCGGCCGGCUCCGUCGCGCCCGGGUUCGAUUCGCUGCCGAAGAAGAAACCCCCCACACAGGUCCUGCCGACGACGAUAGAGCACCAGCAAUCGUUCGACCUGGACCCGCAGUCGUUCAUCAUUACCGACUCCGGUAUCUCUGAAUCUUCCGAACCGCCAUCGUCCCUGCUGGACUUUCAGUCGAAUCUGUCCCUCGUUGCAUCGCUGCCGGUCAGUGUCGGUGCACCGCAGCAGACGGGCAGUGCCGCCCUGCCCGGCAACCAGGUGGUACCGACCGUCGGUACCGUGCCCGGUGCGAUCGAAUUAGGUCACUCGCGCAACUCGAGCAAUACUAGUCAAAUGUCCAAAGGUUCCGGCUACAGCAGCUUCUCCCACAGUCAACACUCGAGGCAAAGCUCCGAGGGAGAUUCCGGCCACCAGAGGUACCGUCCGGCGACGGCAACGGUUUACCAGGGCAAACCGGGCACGCUGCUGACGGUCGCCGGCUCCAAAACCAUCACCACCACCAACACCACCAUCACCACGUCUAGUAGUAGUACCGCACAGUCUUCCUUAGCUAACGGGGGCCGUUUCGUAACGCUCGCUAAUAAGAAACUUCUCGCCAGCGGUCUCAGCAGCAGCACGAGCGCCGGCAGCAACGGCCGGCUCAACCCGACCAAGCAGCAGAUGAUGACGGCGAACCGGCUGCUGAUGAAGCUGCGCAUACCGCAGAGCCCGAACUCGGACUCGGGCGACGAGGUGUUCGUCACGCCGGAUGUGACGGUGCUGUCGGAGGACGAGGGUGGCGCGAGCGACGAUCGGACCGAGUCGGGCGUGGAAGAGUUCGGCACACCGACGUCCGAGAUCCCGCUGUCGAAGCUGGUCAAGAUCAAGAGCAUGAACAAUCUGGCCGUUCCGAAGGGGGCCAUGUUUUCCGACGAGGAGGAGGUGGGCGACCAAACGCACGGCUACUUCCUGGCCGCUGGAGGGCAGCAGGACGUGGAUCACCACCACCAUCUGACGCCGGGGCUAAACCUGAGCCGCAUGAAGUCGCUCGGCAAUCUGUCGGCGUACGAGCGCGAGUUUGGCCACACGCCGGUCGAUCUGCUGCAGUCGAAGCGGGACUUUGAGACGCGCCGGUUCAGCUUCGCCAAGAUGCGCUCGCUCACCGACCUGACCGGGGGCGACGAGUCGGACGAUGUGUUGGUGCGGCGCCGCCGGCAGCUCAAGGCGGAGGAGAAAAGUUCCUCGGAUGAGUCAAACGCACCGUCCUCGUGCCAGCUAUCGCCGCUCGGUGGUGGUGGCGGUGGCGCCGGUGUCGAGUUGGCCAAUCGGUUUCUGCCCUUCCAGAUGCGCAGCUCCUUCCACAGCGGUGUGUAUCGGAAGCGGUCCGGCAUCGGGUACACACGCUACAUUGGCAUUGAUGAUGAUCCGGCGGCGGCCGGUGGUGGGACCGCUCCAUCAGCAACGCUCGGUCCGAGCAAUUUGACGAAGAUCAACUCGCUCAGCACGAUCCCGACCGUACUGGCAGCGGAGCGCGUGAACCAUGUGCCCUUCCUGACGCCCAACAUUGGCCGGAAGCGGUUCGCGUCCGCCUCGACCUACAACGCAACGCGUGCCAGCGCCACGAGCAGUCCGGACGAGAACGAUCCGGACGCGGCGGUACGACUGCCGGCAGCGAAACCGAAAGCGACCUCACCAACCACCGGCUCGGUGGCGAAAGUGAUCGCACGCAGCUCGAUACGAGGCAGCAGCAGCAGCAACAAUCCGUUCGAGCGUAACUUCCGCAAGAGUGCCCCGAUCGGUGGGAUCGUGGUCGGGCAGCCCGACCCAGCGACCGACCGAUGUACCGGGGGGCUGCUGACCAGCUCCAGCUCGGUCGGCUCCGUCCAGCAGCUGCAGCAGGUCGGCGGGUUCUUCCGCCAGUCCGACAGCAACUUCUACAACAUCGUGCGCAACUACCCGAUCGGCAAGUCUUCCUCCGCCAAUCUAGAGUCGCUGAAACAUCGCUCUUCCUACAACAACUUCCCGCUGAGCUUGAAACCUCAGCCGCAGCCGCCACAGCAGCAGCCGCUUCAGAAGUCAUCCAAGGGCGGUGUGCUGACCGCUAAGGGGGCCGUCGAGCCGGCGAAGGGCAUUGCCGCCGUGCCGCUGGUCGGUGUGAAAGCGGUGGCGGUGACGAAUCAUCAACCCACAGCUGCGACAAUGACGGCAACGGCGGGCAAUCGUGUCUACAAUAGGAACAUUUGUGGUUUGCACCGGCGCUUGCUGGACGGCAGCACCCGUCAACUAACCUCACUAACGCUAGCGACACCGUCGAGUUCCGGCGCGGGCACCACCUCCUCGUCCGGCUCGAGCGCCAUCAGCCCGUCGUCCACCGGUACGUCGGUCGGGCCCGGAAUGGCGGCGGGCUCGUCCUGCGGUUCCGGGUCCGGCUGCCUCCCGCCCGACUGUACGGACGCGGUCGCCCUUCCGCCCGGUGGCAAUGGAUUGUUGACCGAUCGUAUGGCGGCGGGGGCGGCGGCGGCGGCGAUGGCCUCGGCGACGGGGAUGGGACAGGCGGCGGCGGGUACGACCGGGACGCCACUGUGCGUUGCUUCAUCCUCAUCCUCAUCCGGGUUCGAUACGCCGUCGAUGCUCAACAAUGGCACUAACAACUCAUCAUCCCUCAAUCUACCAUCAUCGCUUGCGCUCCGACGUCCCAGUGCUAACAUAAAUCCCAGCUCCGGCUCGAUCCCGAUGAGCGAAACCGGUUCACUCGAUCGCAUGAAGUCGGCGGCGGAGCGAAGGAAAAAGGGCGCCGGCCACGACGGGGACAGCGGCAUGGCGCCGACGCUGUCCGGGCGCGUGGAGGACACGCGCGUCAACACCGGGCUGAUCAUAGACGAGCUGCUGAAAAACACCAAACUGGACCAUUUAGAAGAUGCCGAAAAUCCCACCGGACUAGCACUGUACAUUAGCAGCGACGGUACGACGAUGGUCGGCAGCCACGAGGUGCAUUCGCGCAUGCCGGCCGGAGCAUUUAAGCAGGUUGUCAUGGAAACGCCCAGAUAGUAGCAACCGUAGCAGCAAAGAUGCUCCGCCAACAGCCGCUGCCGCCCAACAGGGGCCGCCACCACCGGCUGGCGGGUGAAUGUGGCGUCGCCUUGUUGUUGCGGCACAAUCGUUCGAGCACAGCGUGCAGAGUGCAUCAUCGUCGUCGUGCUUCAUCCAAAUUGUGUAUUUGCCAUACCCCCUCCCCUUCGGUUCACGCGAGUCAGUGUGUAUGCGUGUGUUGCCUGCGGUGCUAAACCGGCAGAGGCAUAUGAUACAAAACAAUACUACAGUGUGUGAUUAUUGGUUUAGGAAAGCGCGCCCGUGCCGUGUUGUACAGUAGUGUAGUAGUCGUAACUGUAUUUUCUUUUUUUUUUUUGUUUCGUUUGCCUUUUUGUUGUCCGCCGUACGUAUGUACGAUAUUGUGAAAAACUUUCUCCCUCGUAUGUGUGAUUUUAUGUAUGUGUGUGUUUGUAUGUGCGAUAUCUGCCUGUAUGUGUAUGUAAAGUGUAUGGUCUCGAGGGUUUAGUUUUUCACUUCCGUAUCCUUUCUCCGUGACCACCGUGAAUGUUUACUAACAGCAGCAAAAAGCGAUACAAAAUGCGCUCAUAUUGGCAUUGUCUGCAUCCAAGCAGAGAGCAAUAGUGACGUCAGGUUCAAUGAAGAAGCAGCAAUUUCUUAUCAAAAACACACAAGGUGUGAUGAAAGGGCGGGAAAGGAUUUCGGUAAUCAACCAUUGUUUUAAAUCAGUUCACUCUCUUCUAAAUGUUCUUUCGCAGUUUGAUUCCGUACGAUACAUCUUGUCUAAACAGGGACACAAGCACAGCAAACACCAUUAGAUCAGAAUAGAGAAAGAAGAAAAAGAAGAAGAAGAAGAAGAAGAAGCAAAUACCAUAAGCCAUUACGUUGUGAUAAACUUUAACGGGUUAAAGAGUUUUUUUUUAUUUGAAUUCUUCUUUAUGCUUAAAACCCUGUGCUAGCAUGUAACCUGCUGCUGCUGCUGCGGCUGCUGCUACACACAUUUACUGCUACUUGGGUGGUAUUUUUUAACGGAUUCUAUAGUUAGGAUUGUGUGCAGUUUUUUUUCUUUGUGUGUGUGCCCCUUUUUUUGUGUUUCUGUACAAACGUUUCCAAUCGGUGCCGCCGUUACGUUGAAAAGUAGCUUAGCGUGUGAUGUAGCGUAAAAACGAGCGCAUAAAUUGUGGAUGAAAGUGGCGAAGAAACAAUUGUGAGUUGCAACUGCUUUGGAAGAAUUGAUUAAAAAGAACAAAGCGUAAAAAUCGGGCAAGUAAUAUGUAGUGAGGAGCGAACAACAGGAACAUAGCCUGCAAGUAAGAAAGAGACGUAAUAAACAAUAACAACACAAACGAAUCCCUCCGCCCUCUUCACGUGCUCCCCGAGGGGAUGGGAGGACACCGCUGGUGAAAAUAAAAACAAACAAGAAAAAGGGACAGCACCCUUACUCUUGAGAUUGUGGUUGCGCGUCGUUAGGACACAGGAAAAGAAAAAGCAACAACAACAAAAAACACUGUAUAUGUGUGUUGCACUGAUAGCAGAGAGCGAUUAUAUUACUUUAUUACUGUAGUAUCAUUAGUUUUAAUCUUAUUUCUUUUACCUUUUAUAAUUCGUUCCAGUUAACGUAAAAAAAUGUGAAGAAAGCAAAUGAAAUUUGUUUAUGUUUCAAGAAUGUUUUUUUUUAAUUAUAAUUAUUACUUUGUAAAAUCAGCUGCGAAAAAUGAAUGCAAUCGCUGUGCUUUAGGGUAGUAGUGGUUGGUUUUGUAUUACUUUUGCACGCACCGUUUAUGUUCCUAGCACUGGAUCCUUUAGGUAAUCAAAGUGUUUGAAUAAUCAGGUCAUCCUAGGGUCAUACAGUAAGACAAAAUUAUAGCCUUUUAUUAUCCAAACUUUAAGCUUUGAUUGCGUGGAAGAACGCGUGCAAGCAUGGUAUUUGUUUUUUUUUUUUCUAAAGAAAGAAUGUUGCUCUGUUGUCCCUUUCUCAAACCAGAUUAAAUGUUUUAUUUAUUUCCUUUCUUCAGUGUAUAUAAUUAACUGGUAUAACAAACACACACACACAACAGCUGCUGUAUGUAAAGAGUAAACGAAGUGCAACACUGCGUCGCGUGUCACUAACUCUAGUUGAUAGGAAAGCGAAAGGAGAUUUGUUGGAACUGUUCUAACACAGAGUGCAGUUACGAAUAGAAUCAAUUGCAAUGUAAAGUUGUAAAGAAGCACCAGCAGGGAAAAAUGAUAAACAGUGGCAAACAACAGCACACAUACAUACAGCGUAAUGUCUCCAUCCAGUUUAGUGUGAGUGUGCAUCCUAGGCAUGUAUCAUAUUUGCAAGUAAACGUUUUCAAAGCUCAAGGCGCGACAGCAAUGCAUAGCAAACACACACCCAUAAGCAAGCAGUGAACGUAACUAGAGCGUAAUCAAAUAAUUCAGCCUAAUAGCAGGAAAUCAACCAAGAAGAAAUAAAUUAAAAAAAAACGGUUAGGAAAAAUAAUCAUUACAACAUUUCUCAACUUCGAAUACAAAAAUACCAUUCAAAAACUUUGGUAGCAAUUGAUUGUUUUCUCUUAUAUAGCGCCGACUGAUGCGUUGUUUAGGUAGUACAUACACACACGUAGAGGUAAUAACAUAUUUCAUCGUGUUUAAUGUAGUUGCAGCUAAAAAAAAACAAAGAGAAAUGCAUUUCGAACCAUUGUGCUGUUUGUUUGCUGAGUGCGCGAGAGUUUUCGUUUGCUCCUCCUCGCGAGCGUGUUUUCAUGGUAGUUAAAAUUCUAAGCUGUGCGCAAAACAUAAAAUGAACAAGACGACAAGAUAGAGAGAGAGAGAACAGAAACCAAUCAUGCAAAGCCUCGAGAUCAUCUCCGUACGCUGAGAGGUUCGCUAAACACCUGCUAAUAAGAUGUUAGUAAGUAAGCGGAAUGGAGACGUGUGUAAUUCGUACUAGGUAAACUUACACCAUACGGUAAUGUCAAAGGGCGCGUGGAGACAUAUACACGGGAUGCGGAUAAAGUAAAACAAAAUAUACACAAACCAACAAAUCUGAA